AUGUCUUCUUCUUCUUCUUCUUCUUCUUCUUCUUCUUCUUAUCGUCCUCCUCUUCCUUUUCCUCCUCCGCCGCCUUUUUCUUUUCUGUCUAGUCCUCCUCCUCCUUUUCCUCUUCCUCAUGUCAUGCUUCUUUUUCUUUUUCUUUUUCUAGUCCUCCUCCUCCUUUUUCUCCUCCUCCUUUUUCUUUUUCUUCUAGUCCUCCUCCUACUUUUCCUCUUCCUCAUCCUUCUUUUUCUUUUUCUUCUUCUAGUCCUCCUCCUCCUUUUCCUCCCCCUACUUUUCCUUCUAUUUCUUUUUCUUCCUCCUCCUCCUCCUCCUCCUCCGCCUACUGUGCACCUUCUCCUUUUUCCCUUCGUCCUUUUUGUCUUCUUCCUUUCACUAUCCAAUAUUCAAUUUAUUGAUUGCAAACGUUUCGACUCGUCGCACAUCCGGCUCUCUUCUUCUUUUGUUUAUUCUUUUUUUUACGAUUGUUUAUUGAAGCCUUUCCACCAGACUUUCUCUUCUUUCACGAAACAUUUGCAACUAUCCCCUCCCGCCUCACCUGUUAUCCUCUCCCGCCUCACCUGCUAUCCCCUCCCGUCUCACCUGCUAUCCCCUCCUGCCUCACCUGCUAUCCUCUUCCGCCUCACCUUCAAUCCUCUUCCUCAUCAACUGCUAUCCUCUGCCGCCUCACCUGCUAUCCCCUCCCGCCUCACGUGCUAUCCCCUCCAGCCUCACCUGCUAUCAUCUUCCGCCUCAUCUGCUAUCCUCUUCCGCCUCAUCUGCUAUCCCCUUCCGCCUCACCUGCUAUCCCCUCCAGCCUCACCUGCUAUCCCCUCCAGCCUCACCUGCUAUCCUCUUCCGCCUCAUCUGUUAUCUUCUUCCACCUCACCUUCAAUCCUCUUCCGCCUCACCUCCUCUCCCCCCCCUCUCUCUCUCUCUCUCUCUCUCUCUCUAUCUAUCUAUCUAUCUAUCUAUGUAUCCUUGUUCCUGCCAAAGAAAAAGAAUAAUUCUUUUAGCUCUUUCACUUUUAAUUUCUUCAUUCUCUCUUUUAUUAUUCCUUCUUUUCAUCAUUCAUUCUCUCCUCUCUUUUAUUAUUCAUUGAGAACAAUUUUCUUUUAG